AACACUUUUUUUUCUGAAGCUGUAGCAGAAGACGGCGCCAUAUUGGAAGAUAUACAUUAUUUUAAUAAAACUGUAAAAACGUCAAUUUGACCAACAUGCUGUACCUAGAAGACUACUUGGAGAUGAUCGAACAGCUUCCCAUGGAUCUGCGCGACAGGUUUACGGAAAUGAGAGAAAUGGACCUGCAAGUUCAGAAUGCCAUGGAUCAACUAGAACACAGAGUGAAUGAAUUUUUUAUUAAUGCGAAGAACAACAAGCCUGAAUGGAAAGAGGAGCAAAUGGAAACAAUCAAAAAGGAUUAUUAUAAAGCUUUGGAAGAUGCAGAUGAAAAAGUUCAGUUAGCAAAUCAGAUAUAUGACUUGGUUGACCGACAUCUGAGAAAGCUGGACCAAGAACUUGCAAAGUUCAAAAUGGAACUGGAAGCAGAUAAUGCUGGAAUUACAGAAAUAUUAGAAAGACGCUCCCUAGAACUGGAUAGUCCAUCACAGCCAGUAAACAACCACCAUGCCCACUUGCACACUUCUGUAGAAAAAAGAAAAUAUACUACUCCUACUCAUCAUACCACAGAGCAUAUUCCUGAAAAGAAAUUUAAAUCGGAAGCUCUUUUAUCUACACUCACUUCAGAUGCUUCAAAAGAAAAUACGCCAGGUUGUCGCAUCAGUGGUUUAUCAUCCUCUUCAAACAACGUUUAUAGUGUUAACUCAUCUCAGCCCCUUACGGCUUACAAUCUGAGCUCAUUACCUUCAGGAGCUGGAGCUGGUGCUGGUGCCAUCACCAUGGCAGCUGCCCAGGCAGUACAAGCAACAGCACAGAUGAAAGAAGGCAGAAGAACAUCUAGUUUAAAGGCUAGCUAUGAAGCUAUUAAAAAUAAUGACUUCCAACUUACAAGGGAGUUUUCUUUAUCAAGAGAGUCCACCGGGUCUUCGUCGUCGGCUUUGGCAUCUACCCUGACUCAAGCACUGACUUCAUCCUCUGACUCGCGGACUGGUCGUAAAACCAAAAGCAAUACCAAGUCUUCAAACCAUCAGUCUUCAUCCUCCUCUUCAUCGUCAUCCCUGUCUUCCUGUUCAUCGUCAUCAGCUCUGGCACAGGAACUUUCUCAGCAAGCCUCUGUACUUCCAGAAUCGGACUCAAACAAUCAGGUUGACUGGGCAUAUGAUCCGAAUGAGCCACGCUAUUGUAUUUGCAAUCAGGUGUCUUACGGAGAAAUGGUUGGUUGUGAUAAUCAAGAUUGUCCCAUAGAGUGGUUCCAUUAUGGGUGUGUUGGAUUAACAGAAGCUCCAAAAGGAAAGUGGUACUGCCCCCAGUGCACUGCUGCUAUGAAAAGGAGAGGAAGCCGUCAUAAGUAGAUCAUGUUGGUCAGGUGACUGAGGAAGAAGAAUCUUUGAAAAAAUUACUUAACAAAUGUAAUUUCUCACUUUUUUAUACAUGCAACAUUUCUUUAAAAUGCCCUUGUGUUAAGGAUCCCGUAGAUGUAAUAAGUAACGUUCUAAAGUAAAUAUUUUCACUGCUGCAGAUGUUUAUAGUCCUCAAAUGACAUACAACACAUUCCGUUUUGUUCAGCGUAGUUAUAUCAAUAAGACAAACACUUGGCAGCAUGGGAUGCUUGUUAUGGUUAUUUUGCAAAGUUAAAAAUUAAUUCUAAAGUGAUUCAGAAAUGUCUCGCAGAAAGUAAAAUCCAAUGCAGUAAUUUGCUGGUUGUGUUUUUUUUUGUAAUUUUGGAAGAAUAUUUAUGGGGAAUGCUGAAAAACUUCCAAAAUAUUCAGAGGAUGCCUUUCUUGCAAAGAGCAAGUGAACACGUCAGCAGGCUGAAGCAAAAAAAGCUUUCUCCAAAGGCUACCACUGUACAGUAUAUGAAUAAAGUUCACAGUUCUGUAGUAUGUACAUCUGUUUGUGUUGUUUUGCACCAAAUAUGGUGCAUGAUGUUUGAGAAAUGUAAAAAAAAACAAACAAUACAAUUAUCAAUCUUU